UUAAACAAAAAAAGAGAAAAAACUAAAAGCAGUGUUGAUAAACAGUGAAAGAUGCGCACAGCUUUAGGCAGUUGGCCAAAGUUUUCAUUGCUGUGCAGCAAAUACAAUCACGCCGAUCACAAAGACGUCGCCACUUAAGCGAUAUUAAGAUAACAAAAACAACUGCAACUCAAAGCCAAAUCAGUGUUAAGAAUACAGUGUUGAACAAUGUCUUCGGAUACCAACUCGUGCGCCGGCUUCUUUGUUCAGGAGCACGCAAAUGCGACGCUCUCGCAAUACUUUCAGCAGCUCAACUCGCAGGUGGCUGCAGUUGUAGCCGGCAACAGCAGCAGCGGCAGCAGCAAUAAGGGUGCCAACAGCAACAACAACAACAGUAGCAGCAGCAGCAGCACCGGCAGCAACAACAACAACAACACCAACAACGGCAGCGGCAGCAGCAGCGGCGGCAACAGCGACAGCGGAAACGAUGGCAGUCUGUCCGGUGCGACGGCAGCAGCAAUGGACAACCAUCGCAGCAGCGUCAGCAGCAAUGAUUCCGGCAAGAGCAGCAACAGCAACAGCUCUUCAACAACAGCAGCAGCAGCUGCAGCCGCCGCAGCAGCAGCAGCGAAUGCCUGGAACUUGCAGCAGCAGCAAACAGCAGUGUUGCAUCAUCAUCAUCAUCAGCAACAGCAGCAGCAGCAGCAGCAACAACAACAGCAGCAGCAACAGCAACAGCAGCAGCUGCAGCAACAUCAUCAUGCACACCAGCAACAUCAGCAGCAACAGCAGCAGCAGCAUCAACUGCAGCAUCAGCAGCAACAUUCUCAGCAACAUCAUCCACAUGCACACAAUCCACACUUGCAUCCACAUCAUCCGCACCAGCAACAGCUACACCAGCAACAUCAGCAUCAGCAACAGCAGCAGCAGCAACAACAACAGCAACAACAGCAGCAGCACCAACAUCAUGCUGCCCAGCUGGCACACACACUCUCCUCCGCAGCAGCUGUUGCCGCUGCAGCAUCCAACACCAACACCCACUCAAUCUUUGGCACCGGCAAUUUCCACUACAAAACCAACAAUUCGUGGACGUUGCCAACGCUCAGCUAUCAGCGCAUCUAUCAGGAGAACUCGCAUUAUCAUCAGCGCAGCAACAGCUUUAUGGAGGCCCAAAGCUCGACGAACGAGGCAGCGGCGGCGGCAGCAGCAGCUGCUGCGGCCACGGCUGCUGCAACGGCGGCUGCUGCUGCUGCGGCGGCAACAGCAACAGGCAAUGGCAACAACAGCAGCAACAACUCAGCUGAUAACCACAGCACCAGCAACAACAACAACAACACCAGCAGCAACACCAACACCAGCAGCAACAGCGGCAACAACAACAACAACAACAACAGCAAUGCCUCAGCAGUGCAACACGUGGCAAGUGCUGUGGCAGCUGCAGUCAUUGCCAACGAGCAUCAAAACCAUUUGAACAGCUUGAAGGCUCGCUUUCAGCCAUCCAGCUCAGGCAGGAAAUCACCAUUUUUGGGUUUUAUUUGCAAAGCAAACGGCAAAUCCACAUCGAAUAGCAAAGAAAUCAUCUGUCCGGAUGACAAAUACAAAGAGGAGGGCGACAUCUGGAAUGUUGAGGCGCAGACCGCAUUUCUCGGGCCCAAUCUGUGGGACAAAACCUUGCCCUACGAUGCGGACCUCAAGGUAACACAAUAUGCGGACUUGGACGAGUUCUUGUCGGAGAACAAUAUACCCGACGGCCUGCCGGGCACCCAUUUGGGCCAUGCCGGCGGCCUCGGCCAUCGAUCCGAUUCCCUGAGCCAUGCAGCUGGCCUGUCCCUGGGUCUGGGGCACAUAACCACAAAGCGCGAGCGAUCGCCAUCGCCAUCGGAUUGCAUUAGUCCCGAUACGCUAAAUCCGCCAUCGCCGGCCGAAUCAACAUUUUCAUUCGCAUCGUCGGGGCGGGACUUUGAUCCGCGCACCAGAGCAUUCUCCGACGAAGAGCUCAAACCGCAGCCGAUGAUUAAAAAGUCACGCAAACAAUUUGUUCCAGAUGAGCUCAAGGACGACAAAUACUGGGCCCGACGACGAAAGAACAACAUCGCUGCCAAACGGUCCAGAGAUGCACGUCGCCAGAAGGAGAACCAGAUUGCGAUGCGUGCACGCUAUUUGGAAAAGGAAAAUGCCACGUUACAUCAGGAGGUCGAGCAGCUAAAACAGGAGAACAUGGACUUGCGUGCACGUCUAUCGAAAUUCCAGGAUGUGUAAUGAAAAUUAUAUAACAAAUAACAAAUAAAAUAUAAAAUA